ACUUGGCUUGACGUCCUGACGCGAGGAAGGGGGGCCUCCUUCGCGGUUCCUGCGCUGCUUUUGCUCUCGGCGCGGCGAAACCUGCGCGCUUCGGCGCUCGUUGCGCGCGCGGUUCUAGGCACGAUGGUGCUGCUCGGCUUAAGAUCUGCCUGGACCAGGCCGGGCAGAAGCGGAGCGGGCGCUGCGGCCUCUGAGUAGUAGCCUUACAGCGCUAGGGCCGCUCUUGUUUCACUUUUCCCGAGGAGGCGGGGGGGGGGGACCGUGCUCCGGAUUGGCUCCCUCCUGCCAGCCAUCUUAAAAUUAUGUGGAGAUGGGGCAGUGGAGAUGAUUCAGUCCCUAAAUCUGAAGUUCAUGGGUCUUCUCAAGUAGCAAGCAUGUCUGUGGCUGAUUUGACUGAACAGCUGGCUCAAACUAAACAAUUGGUAGCACAACUCAAAGAACUUGUGAAAGAAAAAGAUAAUGACUUACAUAAAAAAGAUAAACAAUUAAAGGAAGAAAAAGAAGCUUCUGAUACCAAGAUUUCCAAAUUAAAACUUCAGAGCAAAGCCAAAGUAGCAUCAUUAACUUCACAAUUAGAAGAACUUAAGAAGCAAGUACCUGGAAAUGCAGCACAAGAUGGAAAAUCUGGUCAAAAGAGAAGUGAUCAAGAUAGUGCUGCUGCAAGUCGUGGAAAAAUAUUGGUGCUCAGAAAGAAAGUUGAAGAACUAGAAACACAGAAUGCCCAAAAAAAUCAAGAGCUCCAACAAAAGAUUUCUGAAUUGGAAGCUGCACACCAACGGGGUGCUGAACUGGAUGCCAUGCUUGCUGAGAAGCAAAAGAAACUAACCGAAAAAGAAGCCUACAUAAUUGAUUUGCAGCUAGCCUGUGGAUCAACUAACGAUGCCAAAGAAACGCUAAUACAUAACAAUGAAUUAAAGAAGCAGAUUUCCACAAAAGAGGCUUCAUUGCAGAGCAUGCAAAUUCUAGUUCAGAACCUUACCAGGAAAGUUGGGGACAGUGAAGAAAGAUGUAGCCUCCUCCAGGAACAAAUUGCAAGUCUUAAAAGCUUUCAAAAUAAAGAGAAGGAGCAUUUUCAGGAAAGAGAAGCCAUGUAUACUCAAAAUAUCCGUAUGUUUCAAAAUAUUAUCCAGGAAAAGGAAAAAGAGUUGAUGAGACUGGCCCAGAAACACGAACAAGAACUUUUUAAAGUGGCUGCCAAAUCUGAUGCUAGUGCUGAUCUAGAACAGUUACUGAAAGCCUUAAAGCAGAAACUACAUGAAAAGGAGGAAGUCAUGCUUGGAAGGACACAGGUCAUAGUCAUGUUGCAACAAGAACUGGAUGGCAAAGACCAGCAACUGAAAGAAAUGAACGAACAACUAAACCGCCUUGAAUCAGAGAAAGACAAUCUUCAAUCCAAAUUGGAUGCAGAAAAGCACAUAAUGCGAGCCCAGCUGAGAGACAUGAUGGAGAAACAUGAGAACGAAAUGAGGAAAGCCAGAGAGAAGUAUAAUGCUGAUCAUCAGGAGAUACAAGAAACACAUGAAACGGAGCUUCAGGAAAAAGAUCAAACACUGCUUCAGCUACAGAAAAAAAUUGAUGAAUUAAUUUCCAGACAUGAAAGUAAUUUGGAGCAAGCCGUUGAUUUGGAUGCUAUUAUUAAGCAAAAGUUGGAACAUUUAGAAGUGCAAGUAAAACUGAAAACGGAAGAGGCUAGCAAAUCAGAAGCUAAAUUCCUUAAGAUGAAAGCAUGGUCCAAAUCCAGAAUCAGACAACUUGAAGAUGAACUUAAAAAUGUUACGCCAAUGAAUAGCAGCAUAACUGCCUUACAAGAUCAGAUUUCUGAAUUAAAGAAUGAAAAAGAUGAGCUGCAGUCAACACUGCACACAUAUUUGGAAUAUAAAAUUCAAAAUGAAGAACUUUUGGCUAAACUGGUAAUUUAUGAAGAACAGCAGCGAAAACUUCAGGCGGAUCUUGAACAAGUUACAAAGAGAGCAGCUUCACAGGCUAGUGAAUCGGGCAGUGCGGAUGAAUUACAGAGUCCGCUUUUGGAAUGGCAAGAAGCUGUAUCUGAAUCUGAGGAUAUGCACCCUGAAAUCAGAGAGGAAAAAACUGCUAUGGCUUUAAGAAUGGCACAGAUUGAGGAAGAGAGAGAAGCCAUAGUCUCAGGGCAACAGGAGCUGGAGGAGGAAUUGGCCACAGGCCAGGGGAUUGGCAGGAUGGCAGUGGAGAGAAAGACUACUACUCAAUCCAGCAGGAAACUCCAAGAAGAUUACGGCUUUGAUGGAAAACAGUGCUAUGAAGAGUUGAACAUUACUUUGGAUAGCACUGAUUCAACUGAAGGAGAGAACAUGGGAGGUUGGUGGCCAGAGUACACUUCUCCUAGUACAGGUUUACGGACUGUGGUGGAAGAGUUAGAAUUGGAAAGAAAUAAUUUGCAAGAACAGAUUCUCUUUUUGGAGGAAAGAUGUGGAAACUUGGAAGACAAAUUGCAGCUCCAAGGUAGAAUGGAAGCUCUGCAGAAUGAAAAUGAUCGUUUGCAGUCCCAACUUGCACAGCUUCGCAACCAGCAAACACGUGAUACAGAAAAGCACCAACUUGUUCUUUCUAACUUGAAUGAGCAACUUAAAGGAUUAAAUGAAAGAAAUAGUCUAUUUGAGACUUUGCUGGCAGAGAAAGAGCAAAAGCUUUCAAGUGCAGUGGAAAGAUUGGAACAAAUAGAAGAUAUAAGAAAAUCACUUCAGGAAAAAGAGCUUCUGAAUAAAGAAUUAAGCGAAAGACUUUUGCAAAAUGAACAGAAGCUGGAAGAUGUUUUGAAGAAAUGCAGUUCUUACGGAGUAGAAUGUUCAGAACAGAAAAUUGUUAUCAAUGAAUUAACAGAGAAAGUGUCUGUCUUUAAAGAAAAGACUGCGAAACAAGAUGCAGACAUGCAGGUGAUACAGCAGGACCUGGAACAGACAAACGAAGAACUUGACAGGCUGAACACAAGUCAUUUAGAAGAAAGAUCUCAACUUAUUCAAGAUCUGCAAAGACGGGAAAGAGAAAUUGACAACCUCAGGGAAAUGUUGAUUGAAAAGGACAAAGAAAUUUCUGAUCUUUCUUUGAAUAUGUCUGAGUAUUCUGAGCAGAUCAAAUGCAAAGAAGAUGAAAUACGGGAGAUGGAAAGAGCACUGUCCAAGGCAGAAAAGGAAGUCCAAUUGUUGAAAGAUAUCCAAACAACUGAUAUGAAAGAUGCAAGCAUAAAAUUUUCAGAACUUAAUGAGAAGUUAAGAACAACAGAAUCAGAGCUGGCAAUAGUAAAAGUUGAAAAUGAAGCUAAAACCAAAGAAAAUCUGGAUCUUACUAAGCAAGUAAAAGAAGCAAGCAAAUCAAUUAAAGAACUCCAUUCUGAAAUGAAGAAUCAUGAUAUUGCAUACAGUAAUCAGCUUUUGGAGUGUGAGUCACAAAUUAAGUUGCUUAAAGAGCAAAUAAGUAAAUCAACUGAGAAAGUGCAAGUAACAGAGAUAAAAUGUAGAGAGGAAAUAGAGCAACUUAGAAUCCAGCUUGAUGAACAUAUCUCUGCAAAGGAGAAAUUAAACAAUUUGUUGCAAGAGAGAGAAAACAAAGAACAAAGUUUUGUAAAUGAAUUGAAAUCGGUAAAAGAAUUAUAUAAUCAACUAAUAGUGGAAAGUGCUAAAAAAGAUGAAGAAUUGUCAAAUGUAUCCAGACAGCUUGCUGAACAUACUGAACAUCUAGAAAUUGCCAAGAAGUCUGUACAAGAAAAAACAGAGGUCAUAAUGUCAUUAAAAGACAAGCUUAAAGCUAUAGAACAGCAACAUGAAGAAGAAAAACUGAAAUUUCUUGGUGAACUGGAUAACAAAGCAAUGGAAUGGAAAAAAAUAAAAGAUGAGCUACAAGAGAAACAUGAAAUAAUAAAUAAGCUGGAAAUGGAAAAACAAGCUAACAUCCUGACUAAUAAGCAGUUAGAAGCUACAGUUGAACAGAAAGAAAAAGAUUUAGCCAGUCAGAUUAAAGUGACUGAAGAUCUUAGAAAUGAGAAGCAUGUUAUGGAAAAAGAAAAGCAACAGCUGGUCAAUGAGAAUGAGAGUUUGUCCAAAUUAUUGGAUGUAAAAGAAUGUGAACUGUUGAAGAGUGCUCAAUGUAUAGAAGAAAUGGAAAGUAAAAUAAUUGGUAGUGACAAGGAACAUGAACAAUUGAUUUCGGAGAUUAAUCAGGAUAGAAGAAACUUAAGAAAUAAAGUUAAAGAACUCUCCAUGUUUGUGAAAGAAAAAGAAGAUUUUAUUACAGAGAAAGAGAAGAAAUGUGAAAUGUUGGAUGAACAGCUCUUAGAAAAAACUGAGUUGACGAAAGAAUUACAUCAAGAAAUACUGUCAUUGAAUACUCAGCUGAAGGUUGCUAAAGACAGAGAACUGGCAAACGAAGAAAUGUUAAGGAAGGAAGAGUCAGAAUAUAGUAAAAUGACCCAACAGCUUAGUUGUGAGAAAGAAAAAAUAUUGUCAUUGCAAAAGCAAGUUCAAGACUUAGAAAUGGAUCUUAAUGAAAAAUCAAAAUCUCUAGAAGAAAAAGAUAGGCAGUACGAAACCUUAUUAAAACAAAUAAAAGAAAAGCAAGCUGAUAUGAUAGCACUGGAGAGAGAAUUAGAAAAGCUUCAAGGUAUUGGUCAGCAAUUAUCACAUCAGGUUGAAGAAAAAAAUGCUGCUUUAUUAUCUCAAGGGCUAGAGCUGGAAGAACUUCAUAGGCAAGUUAUUAAGAAAACUGAAGAAUAUGCAGCAUUGAGUGAUAAAUUAGCACUAUUAGCCAAAGAAGUAGAUAUUUUGAAAUGUGAAAAGGAGAAAGCUUUAGCUUUAUGUAGUACUAAGUCAGGUGAAUGUGAAACUCUUCAGCAUCAGUUAAUAAAACAUCAGAGUGAAUUAGUAUCCAUUAAGCAUGAAACUCAUUUAUUGAAAUUAGAAAAUGAAAAAUGCAAAAAAAAUAUUGAAACAAUUCAUUCAGCAUUAAUUAAAAAAUGUGGAGGAGUAGCUCUUUUAAAUGAACAGAAUGAUUAUAAUAUUUUAGCUUUUGUAGAUUAUAUUGAUAGCUUACUAACUGAAAUAGAAACAUUAAAAAGUAAUUUUCAUGAUAAAGAAACACUCCUUUCCCAGAGAGAAGCUUUGAUUCAGCAGAUUAAAGAAAAUAAAGAUUUGGAAGAAAAACAGUAUUUGCAGACAAUUUCAAAUUUGCAAAACAAAGUCCAGACUUUAGAUUGUGAAGGUGACAAAUUUAAGCUUGAAAUACAAGAAAAGAAUGAACAUUUGCAGAAACAAGCUCAGGACUUAAAAUUGUUUAAGGAUAAAUCUGAAGAGUCUGAGCUACUUAGAUUUCAACUGUCUGAGAAUAUGAAAAUAAUUUCUGACCUCCAUUGUCAGCUGAAAAAUGUGACGGAAAAGAUAGAAGAAUUAAAUAAAUUAAUUACAGAAAAGGAUGCACUUUUAAAACAAAAGGAGGAGGAAUAUGUUAAUUUACAAGCAUAUAACUCUGAAACUUCCUGUGUGCAGCAGAAAACUAUAGAAUCAUUGAUGAGUGAAGCAGCACAGUUAAAAGCAAGUAUUCUUGAAAAGGAACUGUUAGUAAAUAAUAUUUCUUCGCUUAAUAGUACCUUGAAUGCUGAACUUCAGGACAAAAAGAAUGAAUAUGAAACCCUGAAGAAGCACACUACAGAUGUAGAAGAGUUAAAUUUGAGUCUUAAAAAGGAAAUGUUUGUUCAGGAAAAAUUAAUAAAUGACAUUAGUCAGACACUGUCAGAGAAACAGGGUUCUGCUUUGGAUAAUGCUAAUCUUGUAAAACAAGUAAGAGAAGAAUUAAAAACAAAUGAAGAAAAAAAUCAGUUAAUUACACAACUUCAUGAUCAAAUUAAUAAACUAACUCAACAAAUUCAAAAAUUACAAGACGAAGCCCAAGAAAAAGAUAAUGCUUUCUUAUCUUUGCAGGACAAAUUUGCUACUCAGUGUGAGCAAAGAAGUGAACUCAGUGCUGUUUUGAGUGAAAAAGAACAACUUAUUGACAGUUUACAUAAUUCUUUAAAUGAGAAAGAUGUUGAUGUGCAAUUAGCAGAGAGUAAUGUUCAGGUUCUUAAUAAUGAAGUUGAACUCCUUAGAGAAGAACUAGAAAAAAGUGCUGUGUCAAUAAAGAAACUUUUGGAAGAAAAAGAUGAAAGCAUUGCCACUAGCUAUAAGAAAAUUAAUUCUUUGUCAGUUGAAUUGGAAUCUGCAAAAUUAGAGCACCAGAAAGCAUUGGAACAAGGUGAUCAGUGGAAGCAAAAAUUUGAACAGAGAGAAAUGGAUCUACAAGUUGUACAGGAGAAACAAACUGAGCAGAUAAAGCAUAUUGAAUACUUAAAUUCUGAACUUAACAUCAUAAGUUCUAAAACCACUCAAGAAUGUCACAAUUAUAUACUUUCCAUAGAAAAACUGCAACAACAGGUAGAUUCUUUAACAAACGAUAAAGCUGUUUUACAAGAUAACUUUAUUAAAUUGAAUGAAGAAAAUAAAGAACUGGUUAAAUGCCAGAACCAAUUACAGCAGAAAUCAAGGGAAGUAGAGGAACUUCACAAAAAAAUAGAAACCAGUGAGAAUGAGUCGCAAAUACGUUUACAUACCAGCUCUAUGCAGUUGGAAAAUGAGAGAGAACAGUUACUGAUGCAGGUUAGUGUAAAGAAUCAAGAGAUCUCUGAAUUAAAACUGAAAAUUGAAAACUUAGAACAAAAUCUCCUUGGGUUAGAAAAUAGGCGGGUGGUAGAACUUGAUAGGGCAACUCAGCAAAUCAAGAUUAGUCUUGAGCAAGUAAGCAGCUUGAAAGAUAAUAUGAAAUCAAAAGAUACUGAAAUUCAGUCUUUGCGGGAAGAACAUGAGAUUAUUAACAAAGAGUUAUUCAAAUGCCUGUCUUCAUUAUUAAGCAGUAAGCACUUCACCGGUAACAAUGAUAAUGAAGCUGGUCAGCAACCUACUGAAACUAAGGCUGUGUUAGAAAAAAUCUUUAUUCUAAUAAAUAGUAUUUGUAGUAAAGAAACUGAAGCAAUAGAAUUGCAGCAGACAUUUUUAGAGAAAGAGGAAGAAAUAAGUCACUUGAAUGAUCAGUUGAAAAACAUGCAAUCUCUGUGGGAAGAAAAAAUUAUUGUACAGAAGAACGACUUUCAAAAUAUAAGAGAUGCUCAGCAAUCUGAGAUUGAACUCUUAUCAAAUAGAUUAAGUGCUGCUGAAGAAGCUCUAGGUAAGCAACAGUCUGUUUGUGAAGAAAAUGAGCUUGCGUUGACAGAAAUGAAGAAGCAGAACAUUUUUCUCCAGGGAAAGAUAGAAAAAUUAGAAGAAGAACUUCAAGACAGUUGUAAGACCCUAAACAACAAAUGUGAAAAAGUUGAAAAACUUUUAGAAGACCUUGAAUGCAAAAAUCAGAUGAUAGAAAACUUAAUUUCAGAAACUACUCAGCAGAAAGAUUUAAUUGCUACUCUAAGCCAACAAUUAAAAGAAAAAGAUUGCUCAGUUACUCAGAUAAUGGAAUCCAUGUCGAAUGAAAAGAUUAAAUUUUCAGAAGAAAAAAAUGAACUAUUUCUCAAAUUGCAACAACUACAAGGCAUGCAGAAUAGUAUGGCAGAAGAAGCAAGUGUAUUAUUGCAGCAGAUAGAAGAAUAUAAGAAAAAACUUGAACUCAAUCAAAUUGUGUUGAUCAACAAAGAAGCUACAAUUAAAGAUUUGUUGAAUGAGAAAGAACAGACAAAUGCUACUUUGGAAAAAUUAAGUCAGGAAAAAGAAACUCUGAAAAAGAAGCUUCAGGCAGCUUUGAUAAUAAGGAAGGAUUUAACUCAGAAAAUUAAGAAAUUUGAAAAGAGUGAUCAGGAAUAUUCAGAAAGAGAAUAUAAUAAAAUACAACAUUUAUUGGAGCAAAUUGAUGAAUUGAAACAGCAGUCUAAAAAUCUUGAAUCUCAAUUUAAUGAUUUGAAGGAACAAUUAUUAGAAAAAGAUACCAGGAUAGAUGACAUCAACAAAAUGUUAUCUUCUAAAACAACUUCUUUGGAGAUGCUGCAGAAGGAGGUUAUAAGAUUGAAGGAAACCAUUGCUGAACAAAAAAGCAUGUCUGAUCAAAAUUUAAUAUGUCUAAAUGAGAAAGAUUCUUUGCUUGUGGAAAUACAAUCUCUGCUAUCUGAAAAAGAGAAAACUUAUGCUGAGAAAUACUCUCAGCUUUUCUUAACUAUAGAAAAUCUCAAAAUCGAAGCAUCAAAGAGAGAAGAAACAUGCAAGGAAAUGAACAGAUCAGAAGCUGGUGUAAACACCGAAGAACCUUUCCCUAGUGAAAUUAAUCAGCUGGAGAAAGAGAAAGAACUUUUACAUAAGAAAAUGCAGGUAUUACUUGCAGCCCGUAAAGAAAGUACUAAAACAAUUCAGAAACAAAAAGAGGAGUAUGCCAAAUUACUAGCAAAUUUUGAUGAACUAACAAAAAGCUUUGUGUCCAUUAAGAAAGACUAUAAAACCCUCCAGAUAAUUCAUCAAAGAAAGUGUGAAGGAUUUGAAUCUACUAUGUCACCAGUACACUCUGUGCAUGAAGAUUUAGAAAAUGCUACAACUCUACACGAUGGUGAAAGUGCUAAACCAAAAACACUUGAAUCAGAAGAGAUGGAGGAGAAAAAUCCUGUUAUGGUAGAAAACCCAGAAAGCUUAAGCAAGGUGGCAGUAAAAGGGGAUGAGAACUAUCACAGUCUUAUGAAAGAAAAAGAAACAUUUAAGAAAGAAUUAAGACAGAAAUCACAUGAACUUGAUAGGAAGGAACAUGAAAUUAUGAAACUGAAGUUCAGUGUUGAACAAUUGGAACAACAGUAUAAGCAAAACGAUGAUAGUAUGGUAACUCAGAGAGAUUAUCUUCGACAACAAUUGGAAACUUACAAAGACGAAUUGACAGAUGUUAGAGCUAUUAUUAAAACAAUAAAUGAAACAGCUAUUUCCCAUAAAAUAGGUGAUGGAGAUGAUCUGGAACAAGUUGAAAAGUUGAAGCAUAAUGUUCAACAAGCCAACCUACAAAUUUCAGAGAAGGAUGAAGAAAUAAAAAAUUUAAGUGAUUCUCUUAAUGAUUUCACAGGCAAAAUUGACCACGGAAAGGAAAUAAUGAAAGAAAUUUCCCAAGUACAACAAAAUUUAUUGAAAAAUCAAGAAGAAGCAAAACAUUUAAAAUCAGUGUUUGAAGAUUUGAGGCAAAAAAUAGAGGCGUUUACAAGCAACACAGAAAAAUCAAAUGAACAAUUAUUCAGCGUGAAAGAGGAGUUAAGAGAUGUCCGUGAAGAAAAUAAAAAACUAUUGAUAGAAUUAAACAUGCUUCGUGAAAAGGAUUUGCCAGUUUCUAAUGUAAAUGAAAAUAUGGUACAUGAAAAAAGCAGCAAGAAUUCUGAAACUGCAUGGUUGCAUUUUGAUAAUGUGCAGCAAAGUAGCGUUCAGGAUGCAGACAUCUCUAAUCCAUUGCUGGAUGUUUCUUAUGUAGAGAAAGAUUCACUAGAUUUUACUUGCACAACAGGAAUGACAUCAGAAAGACUAAAAACUCGAGAUCAUCCGGCAUUAGAAAGAACCAUGGGACAAAAUGUAAAUGUAGAGAACUGUCAACUCCAGCAGCAGAAGUGUGAAGAAAAAACUGGGGACCAUCUCCAAAGAAAGCUGCAGGCUGCUUUAAUAUCACGGAAGGAAGCUCGGAAAGAAAACAAAGUUCUGAAAGAUCAAAUGGAGGCACUCAUGUUGGAAAACAAAGAAUUAGUUAUUAGGACUGAUGCCCUUGAACUUCUAGUGUCUGAGUUGAGCAGAGACAAACAAGAUUUGAAUGAAAUUUUGUGUAAAAAGGAGGUUCUUGCAACAGAAAAUGCUAGUUUAUUAAUUGAAAAUGAAAAUCUAACGGCUGCAUGUGAAAGUCUGAAGUCUACAAUGGAAACGAUAGCCCAGGAGAAAGAAGCCUUUUCUUUUCAGUUAAAUUCCUUAAAGGAUUCUCAGACAGUUGAAUUGACAGGUUGGAAAGCUAAACACAAUGAAUUAAAGGAAGAAUAUGAAUCAUUACUUCAGGCCUAUGAAAAUGUUAGUAGUAAAAUAGCAGAAAUGAGGCAGGUUAUUGAUGUCACUAGAAAAGAAAAACAGGAAGCUCUUCAUAAAAUAAGUUUGAAAGAGUCUGAUAAACAAGAACUUCAGCAGUUGCUUCAAGAAGCAAGGGAUGAAAAUGCCAUUGUGAAAGAUCAGCUAGAACAACUGGUUGAAUCAAAAAGUAAGGAAAUCACUGAACUAUAUACUAAAGCAGAAGAGCAGGCUUCUAAGCACAACUUAAGUUUGGAAGAACAUAAAAAAAUUAAUGAUGAAUCUGUUCUUCAAAACAAUAAGCUAAUAGAAGAAAAUGAACACUUAAAAGCAAUCUGUGAGACAUUAAAACAAGACCUAGAAAAAAACCAGAAAGAAAAUGUAUCUCUUUGGGAGGAUUUUAAUCUAAUAAAAUCUGCUCUGAAAGAUCUCCAAAUCCAAUUGGGGUUGAACAAAUUUGAUGUAUCAUCUGAGAUUAGUGAAAGAGACUCCUUAGCAAAAUAUAUUCAUUUGUUAACUGAAGAGAUCUUAGGGAAAAAAGAGGAAAGUAUGCAUAUUUUAAAACAAGAAAACAAAAUCAUAUCAGAAAGAUUAAAAGAUGAUCAAGAUACAGACAAUUUAUUUAAAUUAGACAAUUAUUCUAAAACCUUUAAUCAAGAAAUCGUAAGCCUGGAUGAGAAAAUUAAAAUAUUAGAAGAUGACAAAUCUCUGUUACAAGAAGAAUUAGAAAACGUUCAAGAAAUAUCCUAUAAAGAAAAAAAUGAAAAAGAAUUUUUGGAGACCGAGUUGCUUAAUCACAUUAAAAAAUUGGAUCAAAUGACAGACAGAUUGAAUGCCAAGGAAUUACAAAUAAGUUUACUCACACAGCAACUAAAAGAUAUAGAAUCAGAGAAAUCUAGCACAAUUAGAGAAAAAGAAGAGCAGCAGCAAGUUAUCAGAGUAUUUGAAGAAAAAAUAAAAUCUGCUCAGAGAGACAAUAAUGGAACAAAGAACAAAACAAAGGAAUUACAAGAGCUGCUGAAGGAAAAGCAACAAGAAAUUAACCAAUUGCAAACGGAUUCUAUUAAAUACCAGCUAAUAAUUUUAGAUUUGGAAAAGUCACUGAAAUUGUCACAAACAAGAAAUGAAAAAACUGAGAAAGAUUUAAGCAACGUAGAAGAAAAACUUACUAAAUCAAAUAAAGAGUUGCAGAGUCUAGCUGAAAAAUUCUCUUCACAGAAGACGUUGUUGGAUGAAGCUAAGGCUGAAAUAGAGAAACUAGCCAUUGAGAACCUAAACAGUAAAAAAGAGCUGAAAAAGAAAGAGAAUCAGAUAUUAGUUCAGAAUAGACAAUAUGAAGAUGGCCUUCAGAAGCUAAAAACAACUUUCUCAAAAGAAUGGUCAAAUUUAGAAGAAAAAUUCCAUAUUGUUCAGCAAGAGAAAGAGAAAAUCCUUGGUGAACAUCAUAUGCAGAGAGAAGCUGACAUUAGGGAUUCUCAGAAUAAGAACCUUCAAAACGAGUUGCAUGAUGACCUAGCGAGAUUGGUAGCUUUCCCCUACUCUCUUCCAAGAGACAGGGACAGAGUCAUUGAGAAUAAACAGCAACAAGCAGAGACCAGUGAUAGAUUAAUAACAUCCUUACAAGAAGAAAAAGAAGUAAAAAUGUCUCAAAUUCAAGAAUCGGAACUUAAAAGUUCUGUGUCAGAAGGAGCCAAGAGUGUAACACCGGCUUCGGUGGAUUCACACAAUUUCAAUGAGCUUUCUCAAAUAAAGGCAGAGAAUAUCACUUUGUGGAAUAAACUGCAUAUGCUGACAACUGCUCUGGCAUCAAAAGAAGAUGCUUUGCGUGCUUUAAUUAAAGAAAACAGAUCUCUUAACCACCUUAUAAAAAAUAAUAGUGUUGAAAAAGAGAUGGAAGCACUGAAGAAAAAUUUGACAAGAAAAGAACAGGAAACACAACAGCUUCUGUUAGAAAAAAGUGAAAUUGAAGCUGAGUUGGAAAAGCAGUUGGCCAUUUCUGAUCAAAUGAAGAUAAUGCUGAAUAAGAAAGAUAUGGAAAUCUCUGUUCUGAUUUCAUCAAAAGACACCAACACUUCUGGCUAUCUCACUCAGAAACAAACACUGCAUCCACAGCAAAUUUCGGAGUAUGAGCAGCAGAUAAAAUGUCUACAGAUAGCCAAAGAGCAGUCGGAUGAAACUUGUCAGAAGAUGCAAAAUGAAUUUAAAAAUGUACAGAUGAAAGUUGACAAAGCAUCUCAAGACAGGGCUGAGAUUGACAGUGAAAUAGAUACUUUAAAGAAGGCAAUGUCAUCGCUUCAGAAUGACAGAGAUUCCCUUUUUUCUAAGCAUAAAUAUCUAGAGUGUGAACACAAAGAUGCUUUAUCUGAGAAAGAGAGGUUAAUAACUGACCAUGCUAAUGAGACUAGGACAUUGAAACAAGAAGUAAGGAAACUCUUGAAUCAGAUAGAUGAUCUUCAUUCUGAAAACGCAAUGCUCACUGCACAACUCUUAAAGUACAGGGAAGAUCUGAAUCAAGUGUUGUCACUAAAAGAUAACCAACUGAAAGAAUUACUUACAGAAAAAUUGGACUACAUUAAGAGUCUUCAACAGGAAAAAUUUGAACUUCUGAAAAAAAUGAAAGAACUCCAACUGUCCGUGAAAGUACAGGAGGAGGUAAUUGAAUCGCUAAGACUGGAAAAUGGAAAAUUAACAUCAAAAGUUUGUGACUUAGAGAUUCUGAUUGCUUCCAUAAAUAAAAUGCAUUUGGAAGGAAAUAGACUUGAUCAGAAAAAAGAACCUCAUAUUGAUUCGGGGCCUGAAGAAAAUUUAGAGCGAUUCCAGGAAUUGGUUAUCGGAGAGAAAAUAAAUAGAGGCAGUGAUGCUAGAUUACUGGACAAUGAAGCCAUUGGAUUACCCCAAAGGUUGUUAGAAGUCCAACUGCAGAAUAAAGAACUAAGAUCUGAACUUGAAUCUUUUGGAAAAGCUAUGACAGCUCUGCAACGUGAUAGAGAGCGAUUAAUUGAAGAGUUCAAGGUUUUUCAAAGCAAAUCUGCUUCUGAACUUGCAUAUGAAAAAAAACAAGUUGAUGAAUAUGAAGCUGAACUCAAAGAUUUUAAAUCAAAUAUUCUUAGUGUGAUGGGGAAAAAUGCCUUUUUAAGUCAGACACUGUUAAAAACUGAAGGCAACUUUACCCUUCAUCAGCUGACUGAUGAAUUUGAAAACCUGUGCAAGAGAUUGAGAACCCAAAACCUUGAAAUUAGUAGACUUUCCUCUGAGUGUGAGACUUAUGUUCAACAGAUGAAUGCUUUUUCUAAAGCUAUGGCCAGUCUUCAGGAUGAUCGAGAUAGACUUUUGCGGGAACUUUCCAGACUGAGAGUAGCUCAUGAAGCUAAACAGGACACAAACCCAGUUUCUGUACCGUAUGACUGCAACAGUGAGAGUAGUUCACUUAAACAUAAUUUGAAGAGUCUUCAAGUGGAUAGGGACAGACUGGCUAAAGAAGGAACUAAUUCUGCAACAACUGACAUAUUGAAACUGAAAGCCAAAGUAGAUGAACUUGAGAGAGACUUGAACCAGACAAAAGCUUUCCAAGAAGAAGCUGAGAAAGAAAGAGCCUCCUACCAGAAUGAAGUAAUUGCUCUGAGAAAAGAAAACCAUCGUCUGCUGACAGAAUCUCAAGCACUUCAAAAUCAAUUCCAGGCAUCUCUUGCAGAAAAGGAAAAACAGGUGGCAGAACUAAAGAAAGUGCACCAUGAAGUGACUCAAAGAGCUGCAUCUCCAGGCAGCAAUUACUCAGUGAAGGGAUUAGAAUCUAUUACUCUUGCUGGAAGUACAGAUGUCUCUGAUCAAGUGAAGCAUCUGCUAGUUGAAAGAACUCAUUUACAGAAUGAACUCCAGCGUUGCUUUCACGAGCUACACCAGAGAGAAUUAAAAUUCCAACAAAUAAACUCAAAGGUAAUGCAGUCGGUGCAAGAAAAUGCUGUAUUGUCUGCUCAACUAAAAAUGGUGUCCCAAACUUUGCAAGAUACUCAACUUCGUUAUAAUGACCUCCAGAAUCAUCACUUGCAGCUUGAAAGGGAUUAUCAGCUACAAGUUGCUUCCGUUCAAGAUAACACCCAGAAUGAUCGUCCAACUGAAGUUCCUCCAGGAGCUCCCCAAGAAAGAGCUGCAAUUACUGUUGAAAUAGACAAUAUGGAACUCAGCCAACUCAAGAAAAGACUUGUAGACCUGGAGGGACAACGUCAUUCAGAGCAACAGACCAUAAUACAACUGUCUGAAAGGGUCUCGGAAGAAAGGAAUAGAAGAAAAGCUGCAGAAGAGGCUUUGGGACUAUCUGAGGAACAGAUUAAAAGGCUUGAAAUGACUACUUACAGAUCAUCCCCCAGGGAUUAUGCUGUUCAGAUGGAGUCUGAUGAAGAAAGAGAAGCUCUGAUCAUCAAUCCAAAUGAACAUAUUGUAGUGCAAAAGGUAAAAGGAGGAGCGCUUUCUAUUAGGAGAUGGAUUCGAGGACGAAGUAUUUUUUGCUCCAAGUUGCUGACCUCACGGACAAAAUCUCGCUAUCUUUUUCUUAGUUAUUUGGUGAUGCUACAUCUUCUAGUUGUCUUAUGUCUAACAGGCGUCUUAUAAAUGCACUGAAUUUGCUGUGUGAAUUAUUUUGUGUGCCAAUUUGAGAUAAUGGACUUCUCAAAAGCUGCUGUAAAGCUAUGCACUGGAUACAGUUUAUAUAUUUUCCGCAUAAGGUGUGGGUUUCAACUUCAUUAACAAGAAGUUUUAGAUAUACAUCGAGUUGUUCCAAAGUUGAUUUAAGUAGCUCUGUAACAAUGGAAUAUUAUAUUUGCUAAGAAAAAACAUUAUCAAAACACAUUACUAGAAGCUGCUGCAAUUGGGGUGUUUAAUAUAUUUGGGGAAUAGGGAAUAGCUGAACACUGUCAAAUCAGUUGUAAAUGCUAUCUUUUCUAUAUAAAUUUAUUUUAACAGAGUUGAACUAUACAUUUGGGGAAAACUAUUCUCGACUAUUGAGGUUCUUUGCUUCUUGAUUAUAGCAAGGAGCUCACAGAGUGCAAUAUAGGGAGGGAAAGCUGGAAUCAUUAUGAAUUUCUCAAAUUUAAAUAAAAUCUUAAGAACUGAA